AUGGGUUCUAAAUCUGCUUCCAAGGGCGUUUCCAAGCCCUCCAAGACUGACAAGAAGUCCAAGGUUUCUUCCAAGAAGGCCGAGGCCAUCGAGAAGUCCAUUGCUGAGCUUUCCAAGAAGAAGAAGGACGAGUCCUCUUCCGAGUCCUCCGACUCCUCCGACGACGAGGAUGAGGAGAUGAGCGAUGCCUCUUCCUCUUCCGACUCUGACUCUGACUCUUCUUCCGACUCUGACUCUGACUCUGACUCCGACUCUGACUCUUCCGACGACGAGAAGAAGGAGGACAAGAAGGUCGAGGAGAAGGUUGUCAAGAAGGCCAAGAAGGAGGAUUCUUCCGACUCUUCUGACUCCGACUCCGAUUCUUCUGACUCUGACUCCGACUCUGGUUCUGACUCCGACUCUGACUCUGACGACGAGAAGACCGAGGAGAAGACUGAGGUCAAGGCCGAGACCAAGGCCGAGCCUGCCGCUGAGCCCGAGGCUGCCGCUGAGCCCGAGUUCAAGACCGUCUUCGUUGGCGGUCUGUCUUGGAACGUUGACGACGACUGGCUCACCAAGGAGUUUGCUGAUGCUGGCGCCGUUUCCGCUCGAGUCAUCACCGAGAAGGCCACUGGUCGAUCCAAGGGUUUCGGAUACGUCGACUUUGCCUCUGGUGCUGACGCCCAGAAGUGUGUCGAGGAGUUCCAGGACAAGGAGAUUGACGGCCGAACCGUUCGACUCGAUAUCUCUACCAACGUUCGACAGACCCCCGAGCAGAAGCAGCGAGACCGAUCUUCUCAGUACGGCGACCAGCUCUCCGAGCCCGCUGACACUCUGUUCGUCGGCAACCUGUCCUUCGACACUAACCGAGACGAUCUCUUUGGCAUCUUUGGCGAGUACGGAUCUGUUGUUUCCAUCCGACUCCCCACCCACCCUGAGACCGAGCAGCCCAAGGGUUUCGGCUACGUCCAGUUUGGCUCCGUUGACGAGGCCAAGGCAGCCCUUGAGGGUCUGUCCGGCUACGAGUACCUCGGACGAUCUUUCCGACUCGACUACACCUCUCCCAAGCCCGCUGGUGGCUUCAACGGCGGAGGACGAGGCGGACGAGGUGGCUUCGGCGGUAACCGAGGUGGCCGAGGUGGCUUCGGUGGUGACCGAGGUGGACGAGGCGGAUUCGGCGGUCGAGGCGGUCGAGGAGGCUUUGGCGGCCGAGGUGGCCGAGGCGGCUUCAACACCGGCGCUAACACCGCUCCCCUUGGCGAGUUCAAGGGUAAGAAGACUACUUUCUAA